UUCAGACCUUUCCUCGCCUCCCUUGUUCCCUCCUCCCCUAUAAACUUCCAGCGGUAGAGCGAAAGUGAAAAUGCUGAGUUUGGCCAAAUGAGAGAACACUGACCUUCUUUCCCUCAGCUCUGCUUUGCAUUAGGAAAUAGGAAAAGACUGGCACCUCUAAUAGAGAACAAAGUAAAGUAUCUUCAGCCAUGGACAAAAAGCAACUAGUGAAAAAGGAUUUUGGGAAAAGAUUCUCUUUGGACAGUAGUCUCAUGGAAUAUAUGGACUCAAAUAAAUACAUUGACCAUUUGUUGAUUCUACUGGAAGAGCAACGUUGGAAUGUCUGGAGGGAGAAGCUGUCUGUGGCUCGGCUGCAGCAGGAAGUUGCACGCAGAAAGAGUGACGGAACAAUGCGUGAGAAGCUGAUACAUGAGUUGGAGGAAGAGCGACAUUUGAGACUCGAAAGUGAAAAAAAAUUACGAGAGGUGACUCUGGAAUCUGAGCGCAACAGGGUCCAGAUGCGUGGAUUGCAGCAGCAGUUUUCAAGAAUGGAAGAGACAGUGAGGAACCUACUGCAAAGUCGUGGAUCGCCCGAACCAAACCGAGAGGAACCUGUUACCAUAAUAAAGGCAUAUCAGGAAACAUUAACGCAAGAAGGCAAAAGAUGCAAAGCAGGCAUGGAAGACAUUUGCAUUGCAGUAGAUAAAGAUUCAAGGAAUGAAAACAGCAGCACUGAAGAGAAAAAAGAAAAGACAAAAUUACUGUUGGAACGGCUGAAGGCUCUGGAGGCAGAGAAUUCUGCACUGGCCAUGGAAAAUGAAAACCAGAGAGAACAGUAUGAAAGGUGCCUUGAUGAGGUAGCCAACCAGGUUGUACAAGCGCUUCUUACUCAGAAGGAUCUGAGGGAGGAAUGCUUGAAGUUAAAAACAAGAGUCUUUGACCUGGAACAACAGAACCGAAUGUUAAAUGUGCUAUUCCAACAAAGAAUGAAACCAGCGUCUGGCUUACUGUUUCAGAAACUUCAUUCACGCAUCUUAGAUCUGACGUCUGGGGAUUUCCUUUCAGAGGUAGAGAAGAACAGAAGUUUGAUACAAUCGCGAAGUGCUGAUGCUCAGGGUCACGAAUGCCAACAGAAUAUGAAAACUGGAGUACCUGCUUUAAAAUGCCAGAGUCAAUUAAAUAUGGCAGGGCCUCACCGGGUUUAUCCUCGAAGCAGCUGCAGCAGCAGUGAACUCUCUUUGUCAAGUGCCUGCAGUGAAUAUUCCAGCGGCUCCUCCUAUACUUGGAAUGAUGGAAAGGCAUACAGUAAAAGGUCGUCAGCAAGCUGGGAUAAAAGAAUAAACAUUGGUUCUUCGCUCCCCAGCAACCUUUCUAGUCCCGCUGAUGAUCUACCUCCAACUCGUAUCAAAGAAAACCACAUUCUGGAAGGGCUAAAGAAGCUACAAAAGCGGAAAAUAUUACUUGAACCACCUCCUGUUAUGUCUAAAUGGGGAUACAAAGAUUGCAUGGAUUCUAAUGAAGGCAUCUACUCCCCUGGAAUUAAAUGCAGUCGUCAUAAAGAACAGGCUCAUUGCACACCAGAGGAAAUAGGGGCGGUUUGUGUUGAGCAUCAGAAAACCUUUGUGUAUGAUUCCGAUUCGCAUGAGGAUGCUGAUGAUGAGUCUUCAUCUUUAGCAUUGCUGUAUGAAGUACCAAGCAAAGACUGUAGGCACUACUGUAAUAAAUUAACUCACAGCGUUUCUGACAGCCUGUUUGGUUGGGAACCUGAUAGAAAGCAUUUACCAGAAAGAGGUUCUUAUUUUAAUUCAAAGGAAAGGCCUGAAAAACUGACUAGUUUUGUCAGUGAAUUUCAGUCAGAGGCAAAAUCAUGCACAAAUGUGAAGCUGCCUGUCCUACAAAUAGAUAAAAGUCUUUCUAAUAUAAGCUGGAGAGACCUUAAUUUACACCUUUCAGAUACUGAUGACAAUGAAAUCCUGGACGAAUUACAUAUAGAAAGCAGUGAUGAGAAAAGCCCAUCAGAUUUGUCAUUAGUGCCCUUUGUAGACAAGCACACAGAAAACCCUGAUGUGCAUGUAAAGAAGCAACAUUUCCAGUUUGUACCUUGUGAAAAAGAAGCAAAUCAGGUCUCCACUCACUCAGACAUUAGGCCAAAGGCAGGUAAUUUCAUUAAGCAACAAAAAGUUAUAAAGAAGACUUCUUCAGAAGAAUGCAUUACUGUUAUAUUUGAUGCUGAAGAUGGCAAACCUAUUGAAUUCAGUUCACAUCAAACUGGAAUUGUCACAGUAACUAGAAAUGAAAUUUCAAUCAACCACCCUUAUCCUGGGCCCAAUGUGGAAUACACUGAAUGUUUACCUCAGGGAAUCGCUAUUUUGCAAAAAGCAACAGAUGCUAGAAACUACAGUAUUUUGCAAAUGCCUGAUAAUGAAACUGAGAGAAAGACUCUACAAAACAAACUAGGGGAUGAACAUGCAGUUGUCCCUACUAUGAACAGCAACGAAUGUCCUGUACACCUCGAAAGAUCCAUGUUGCAGAAUACCCCGCGGCAAAGGCUAGUGAAACCAGUUUGCAGUAUUUCUUCAAAGGCCAGCUCCCCAGCUUGUAUGCAGGCAGGUAGCAAUCAAAAACAAAAAUUGACUAAAAUUCCUAGCAGAGGUAAGUUUUCACCGCAGAAAACGAAAGCCAUAGUGAGUGAAGACUCCGCUAUACCCUCUUUACAUUGCCCUAUAACCCUAGAGAAAUCUCCAUUGCCAUCUGUAAAAUGCCCAAGAUUCAAAAAAGUGCAAAGUCCAACUCAAAAUUCUGAUUCAAAAGUAGACUUGAAUAUCCCAAAGGUCUUAGCAAACUCUCCACAAAAUUCUAAAAUUCUGGGCCGAACAGCCUGGCCCCAGAAUCAACUCCCAGAAUCAACCUCAUUGCCUCAGCACCUCAAAGAAUCCAUUGACUGUGGAGAGCCACCAACUAGAGAUGUUCAUUGUGGUUUGCCUCCUGCAGAAGCCAGAUCCCCAUCACCCCCUCCUCCACCGGGCAGAUCAGCAUCACUGUUGAUAAGACCAAGCUAUGAACAUUCCCAAAAUGUACCUAAUAAGCCUGGGGUGAGUAUUCCGAAUGAGAUGAUAAAAAAUGCAGUUCAGUUGUCACCACAGAAAGGAACUGCAAUGCCCAUUUUUCAUAAUAUCACUGCCCAUGAAAUGCAAAUCAACAAGCUUCCUGCACCACCUAAAUUUGAAUUAAAUCACUGUCAUGAGAAAGGAGAAAUGUUUACACAAAGCAAAUGCAUAUCAGGACAAAUCCCCAGCACGUGCCAAGGCACUCCCAGUGUUACUACAAAGAAAAUGUCUCCCAAACCCUCAAACCAUUCAGUAUCUGCUGCUUGCAUGCCACAAGAUACAAAUCCAGUGCAAAAUGGAUCACUGUCUAAGGAUAGUGGAAUACCUCAGAAACUUACAUUUUCAAACAGCUUCCCCAUAUCGCCAGAUUGUCAUGCAAUAAUGAUUGGGGAACCCCUUCUGCUUCAGAAUAGUCACCCCCAAUUAUCACUGAUGUCUCAGGGCAAUGAGGUUGGAAGCAUUCCAGACAAGGGACUGAAACCCCGUCUGCCUGUAGGACUUAAAUUACUCAUAAAAUCUCCUCAGCUCCUUAAAAAGAGCUCUACCAUACCAGGGAAGCAGGAAAAAGACAGUAUGAAUGCAGCUUCCAAAUGCUGUGUGAAUUCAAAUAAACAAAAGCAGGGUGAAUCUUUAUCUCAAAUCACCAUAGAUGUAGCAGACACUGGAUUCAGGAGUGCUGAAAAUGGAAUAAAGGAAAGUUUUGCUAAGGAACUUGGUAUAGAUCCAGCUUCUUCUGAACAAGAUGGAUUAGAGAACAAAUUAGUUAAGAGAUCUGCUUCUUCUAGUAAUAAGACAUACUUGAAGCCAGCUCUUGGCAUGAAUGGAGCAAAGGCCCGGAGUCAAAGUUUCAGUAUUCACACAGGAGAAAAAUCACCUAUACCUUCCACGGAAGGGUUAGGAAAAGUUCGGACACAAAUUAUAACAAAUACAUCUGAAAGAGGGAAUUCUUUAACCAGGCAAAAUUCGACUGUGGAGGGAUUACAAAUUAAAGCUGUUAAUGGAUCAGCAAUGGUGUCAGACAUGGUUCCAAGCUCAACAAAAGUUCCAGAAAUCUCCUAUUCUAGACAAGGUUCUUGCGGAAGUAUGAGUAGUUCUAGUAGUCACAUUAGUAGCCCAAGCAAACGGCCAUUCCAUAUGUCUCCAAAGGAGGAUUUAUUUUACAGCAUUUCAAAAAAUGAGGGCAACAAAUCACCAUCUCAGAAAGAUGUCCAAAGUAGAUCUGUCCAAGAUGAAAAAGGCAGCGAAAUUUCCAAAUGUCAACCUGUAAGCAAAAAAAGUGUUACACAAGCAGAAACGGCAUUGGAGUCAUCAACCAGUAUUUCAUCAGAACAUAUUCUGCCACUUCAGAAAAAUCUGGACAGCAUGCAAUGCCCUCGUAAAUAUGAAGGAAGCAAGACAGUAUUGCAAGAAACCUGCUUAAAGGCAUCCGAAGCCUCAGAGAAGGUCUCAGCUUUAUCUGUUUUGCAGCCGACAAUAGAAGAGAAGGUCAUGCUGUGCAUCCAGGAAAAUAUGCAGAAGGGACAAGGGCAAAGCAAAUCCCCUACCACUGAGACUAAACAAAAGAGCGGGGGACCUUCUAUUGCUAGUUGGUUUGGUUUCCGUAAGAGUAAACUCCCAGCCUUGAGUGGUAGAAAAACUGAUAUUUCUAAAGUAAAAAUAGAAAAGAAAGAAGCAAAGGGUUCAGCUUUUGGAAGUAAGCAAGCCAAAUCCGAAAAAAGAAAAGACAAAAAGAAAACUGAACAGCACUGUGAAGCAGAAAAUGAGCUAAAUAAGAAAACUCUGAAUUGUGGCAUUUUAGACAGUGUUCCGAAAGGGAAAAAAAUAGCAAAGGCCACAAACAGUAACCUUGGCCAAAUUAGGUGUGAACAAAAGAACACCUCUGCCACCACACACUCAGGAAAAGACAACUUUAUGAAAGAGCUGUUACACAGAGUUGAUAAGAAAGCAGCCCAGCAGACAGAAAGUGGAUCAAAUAAUGUUUCCUACAGGAGUGUGUCGAAGGGCAGUUCCCAGGGCUCUUCUCUUCCAAGCAACUCUAUCGGAACUCAAGGAAACCAGAAGAAAAACAGCAAAACAAAGACCGAUAUGGAAAUGCCAAAUGAGAGACCGGUCGAAGUGGUAACAGAAAACUUCCAAGAGAAUGAAGAAGGCACAAUUGCUGAUUCAACAUGUCAAAGCCAUUUAAUAGAAUCCUGCUGCCAAAUGAGGACCCUCGACAGUGGGAUAGGGACCUUCCCUCUCCCAGACUCAGGAAACCGCUCAACUGGACGACAUGUUUCUAAACAAGAAAUGGAUUUAGAAAUGGAAGUUUUUCCUCAAGCUCCUUCUGAGAAAGCCAAAACCCUUGAGCGAGAAGUGCCUUCAACAGCUCAGAAGAACCAGGGAUCUGUGGAGAGCAUAAUUUCUCAUUCGGCGUCAGAUCCUACAAUGACUGCUAAAGGUGUACGACCUUUUCAGAGUCGCCUUCCAAAACCGGCUUCUUCAGGAAUAAUGAGCCCUGUGAAAAAAAGCGGACAAGAGGAGACUUCUCUGACUUCUGCAUCAUUAGAGCAUUCAGAAAAAGAAAGAAGGGGGAACAAGAAGAUGUUUCCAGAUUGGAGCAGCAAAAGAACUAUUAAAGCUAAGGACAGGGCACUGAGAGUGUGCACUUACUCUGCCAGCAGUAGCAGUGAUACCGAAACAGAGCUGGAAUAUGAAACAAAUGAUUUUGGAACAGGAGGGGGAAAGUUGGUAGAUUUAUUGAAGAACAACAAACAAGCUGAGCAAGAAGAAAAUAGUGUGAGGAAGUCCUUUAUGGGGAGACCCAUGUCAAUCUUGGAUUUAUACCAGCACAGUCUCUGUGGCCAUUAUGGAGAGGAUGGACCUGAACAAUUAGCACAUUACAGUUUUAUUGAGCAGCUGAAUGGAGCUUCCACUAAAGAUGGCAAGAGCAAAAAGAUCCCUAGUAAGUUGAAGCAACCUGAGGAAACAAAGGAAGAUUCUGAGAAGAGGUUAUCUAAAAUUUCCCUGGAGUCUCUCAAUAAAUUUAAUAGCAGCAGAAGCAUUUUAUUGGAAAAGGAGAACAGUCUGAACAAGAUUGAAGGGCAAGAAGAAGAAAAUGGGAAGAAUGAAGAAGUUUCUCUAAAUAGUUCUGAUAAGCAUGGAGUAGACCACUUAGAAUCCUUGAGUGAUUCUUUAUAUGAUAGCUUCUCAUCCUGUGCAAGCCAAGGCUCGAAUGAUGUAUAAAGACACUCUGAAGCGGUGAGCAGUGAGUGAAGCACUUAAGGAACAGAAGAAGAAAAUAAAUAAGGAAGAGUAGGUGAAAAUAUUCCAAAUAAGUUGGUAAGACUAACAAUAGGAUAUCUCCAGAUAUAUUCAUGCAGAGCAAUAAAGAGGGAUGAAACUGCAUUAUAAUAAUAGAAAGGCUGAAAGUUCAACACCUACAACACAGUUGUUACUUUUAAAAAGUCUUAAUUUUGCACUUUUAUGAAUACUUGUACAGAAGUUGUAAAAAAUGUUCUUUGGGGUGGGAAGGAAGAAUUAUAUUUGUAGAAAACUUGACAGCAAUAAAUACUAAUUGGUGCCAUGCUCCUAAAAUGGCAGGUUACUAACUUUAAACACUGAUGUUAAUAUUAACAAAGUUAGUGAUCUUUUUUGUAAAACAAAGAUUUAUAAGCAUUCUAGUCUUAAAACUGUAUGUAGAAACACUGCUUUGAUGCAAAAUUGAGCUUGCCAAAUUGUCUAUAAUGAAUCUCCUUGGACCACAUUGUACAACAUACAUUUUUAAAUAUUAGUGCAAUUUUGAAACCAAGUUUCUCUAUGGACUCAGAUAUUUCUCUUAAUAUUAUUUGGUCAAAACUCCCAAGAGAUAUUCCUCUUCCCAUUUAUCUGUAGCUUUAUAUCAUUAAUACCUGUUGUGUUGAUUUAACAUCAAUCUCAUUUCAUUUUAACUCUGUUAAUCUGGGAAUCAUGGAAUAAAAUGCAGUUUAGAUUUGUAAUUUACAUUUUAAAAAAAUCUAAAAGAAAAAAUGGUGCUAGCAAUUUGGGGUGUUUGUGCAUUUCCUACAAAGACUGUUUAUAUGUAAGGGAAAAGUCUAUUUCAAAGGUGGAGUGUAUUUUUUCUAGAUGUGGAGUAUUUAUAACAACUUUUGUACAGCGGUCCAUAAGCUAGCUAUAUUUGGGAUACUUCUAGCCCUUUUACUAUGUUUGUAGCAUAUGCCUGUUCAUUUUGCCCCUGUAUGAUGUUGUACUAUCAGUGUUACAUUGUUAAUACUUUUGUGCAAUGUUACAUUUCAUGAUGUUUUGAAUAUAUUGUCAGGGUGGAAUUUCAUUGUCUCUUACCUUUAUGAAAUUUCUUUUGGAUUUUAUUUCUGAAUAAAAGUCAUAUCACAUCUGAAUGUCAAAACAAUGAAAUAUUUACAUAUCAGCAGACACUCAACAAUGGGAAUAGGUUAAUUUUUGUUUCUCAUUAAAAAGCUACCUGG